AUGUCAGAUUCCAACACAACCAACUUCACCAACCCCUCCACCUUCAUCCUGAUGGGCAUUCCUGGCCUGGAGAUGGACCAUGUCUGGAUCUCCAUCUCCUUCUGCACCAUGUACACCAUAGCAAUCUUGGGGAACUUCACCAUCCUCUUCAUCGUAAAGACAGAGCAGAGCCUCCAUGGGCCCAUGUACUAUUUCCUCUGCAUGCUGGCUGUCACCGACCUGGUCCUGUCCACGGCCACCGUACCCAAAAUGCUGAGCAUCUUCUGGUUCAAUUCCAGAGAGAUUGAUUUCAGUGCCUGCCUCACCCAGAUGUACUUUGUUCACUGCUUCACAGCGAUGGAAUCUGGGAUCUUAGUGGCAUUGGCCUUGGAUCGUUACGUGGCCAUCUGUGAUCCCCUGAGACAUUCCACCAUCCUGACAAAUUCCGUUGUGGCCAAAGUCGGACUAGCCGUGGUGCUGCGUUGUGGCAUAAGUGCAUUGCCCUAUCCCUUCCUAGUGAGGCUGUGGCCAUAUUGCAGAACCAAUGUGAUCCCCCACUCUUUCUGUGAUCACAUAGCCGUGGUGAAUCUGGCCUGCGCUGACAUCCGCCUCAGUAGUUACUAUGGUCUCUUUGUGCUCUUCUCUGUGAUAGGUUUGGAUGCGUUUUUUAUCACCGUGUCCUAUAUCCAGAUCCUCAGGACCAUCUUCAGCCUCCCCACAAAGGACGCCCGGCUCAAGACUUUUGGGACCUGUGGCUCCCACCUUUGUUGCAUAUUAUCUUUCUACCUUCCAGAAUUCUUCUCCUCCCUCACACACCGGUUUGGCCACAAAGUGCCCCUACAUGUCCUUGUUCUCAUUGCCAACAUGUACCUCCUGGUGCCCCCCAUGCUGCAUCCCAUCAUCUAUGGGGUGAGGACCAAACAGAUCCGGGGCAGGCUGCCCAAGCUCUUUUCUCGUAAAGGUAAUUAA